GCCAGUUCUGAGCAAGUGCACGGUUCCCAAACGACGACCAUGUGCCGGCCUGGGUUAUUGGCGGUAAUCGUGGCGGUUUGUGCGCGAGAAGCCCUGUUUGUCGACUUCAUGCGAGGAGCCGUGGUUUGGGGUGCUUCGCCAGGAUUCAUGAUCAUGAGGCAAGACUUUCGGUAUCCGAAGCAUAUUGGUGAAUGUGCAAGUGAUGGCAAAGGCCUGCUCUUCUCUAUUCCAUUGGAGGUUUCUCCAGCGAACAAUGAGGGCGUUCAUGUUGGGCCGAGGUCAGGGCAUGUCUCGGAGUGUGCCGCUAUCUGAGUCACCGUUCAAGG